AUGUCCAGUAGCAAACAGAACACACCCAAUCAGUCGCAAAGGCCUCGAGGCCAACGACGGGAAAGACAACCAGCACUCACACAUUUUCUCUGUCUACCUUUGGUCAACUCUGUAUCACUUCCACAGCUGGAGGCGUCAAUUGCCGCCUUUGCAGCAGCCUAUCCGCCAGUUCCAGUUGCAGACUUAUCAAAACGCCAGCCCCAGACAUCGGAGGGAGAUGCCUCACACGCAGUUAUCCCGCAAGGUGCAGUGCGACCCGUUGGAACAAUCCAUCUGACCCUCGGGGUCAUGAGCCUCCCAACAAAGGAGCGCCUUGCAGAGGCACUGGCUUUCUUUCAAACCCUCGACCUGGCGAGCUUGCUGAGGGAAGCGGAGCGAGUAGCCUUUGAAUUACGUCAAAAGCGCGUCUCGAGGCGGACCUCAUCAAAUACAGCGCCAAAUAAUGCAGAAACAACUUCUUUAUCAUCUAACUUGCCAUUAGAAUUGGAAAAGACCCCUCCGCCACUGUCCGUUUCCUUGGAGUCUUUGCAUGCUUUACCACGGGCCAAAGCUGCAACGGUUUUGCAUGCUUCUCCAAGUGACCCAACGGGCCGGUUAUACCCAUUCUGUGUGAUGCUACGAGAUAAGUUCCUAGAAGCAGGAUUCACUCUCAGCGAGUCCAAAAACGGACUACCUGCAGAGAAAAAGGACCCGAAGGCCGUGGAGGAAGUGCAAGCUUCUCAAUGCAAGGACCUAAACUGCGAUGAUAACCCUCUUCUUGAAGAGCUAACACCACUUCCCCCUCAAGUUGAGAGCGUCAGUGCUCCGGAGAUACUAGACCCUUAUGCUGCUGCUCUUGCUCGCAAGCCGAAGCCACGGCCUCUUCUUUUACAUGCCACGCUCGUGAAUACUAUCUACGUCCGCGGUCGACGGAACUUCGGGCCUGGGAAUAAUGGCAAGAAUGGGAGGAAUGGCCCGAAGAGGUUUGAGAUUGAUGCACGUGGGCUUCUGGCUAGAUACCGGAAUUACUAUGUUGAUGAGACGCAAAGGGUAGCACGCGUUGACACUGGUUGUCCACCCAGGUCUUCAACGGAGAGCUCCUCACUUCCCGACUCUGGAGGUUCGAAGGGUGAUGAGGUCCAGUCCGAUCCUGAGAGCUCUGCGUCUUCUCAUUGCAGGUAUCCUUUUGUCUGGGCGAAGGAUAUCCCCAUCAACUCGGUCAGCAUUUGCGAAAUGGGCGCUAAAAAGCUCGAGGCCGGUGGUCCUGGGGACCAGGGGUUGAAUGCACGUCUGGGCGAGGAAUACACUGUGAUCGCUGAGCGGAGUUUUGAUUCCCGCCCGCGAUCGCGUUCGCCUUCUUCAGGGAGAUAUGGCGAUGAGAGUUUAGAUGGAGGUGGAUAUCUUAUCUGA